AUGAGGAUGAUGCUGAAGGUAAUGGUGACGAACCGUGGAAAUUGAAUGUGGAGAAAUUGGUAUUUUUGAAAAAUAAUUUUAGGCGAAUGCCUAUAAAUUUAGUAAAGAUGACUCAUACUACAUUGAGAGAACUUACGGUUGAUCGUGCAACGGUUGAGUUACUAACUGAAAUCACACAACGAUGUGUAAAUCUUGUAUAUUUGGCAAUUGGAAUUUCUUCGAUACCUAUCGAUGAGUUAUAUAGAAUCUCAAGUAUGAAACUUGAAGUAUUAGUUAUUGGUUGGAACCUUUCUAAUACAGAGAAUAUAGAGCUAUCGAAGGAAGAAUGCGAAAAACUAGGAAAAUUUUUACCAACGUCAUUACGUCAUCUAUAUAUUGACUUCCCAAUGACACCAUCACAACUCGAAGUGGUUCUUCAUAAUUGUGUUAUGCCACCCAUCAUUAGUUUAAAGUUUGGAUUAUCAGAUUUUGAGAAAUGUGCCAUAGCAGUUUUAAAGCGUGCGAAGGAGACUAAUGGAUUUCAAGAGGUGAGGAUUGUAAGACCGACACUAAAAGCUGUAACUAUGAUAGAAAAGAUAUUACAAAAGGAGAAAUGGGAAAAAAGCCUUAUUCGUAUGGUAGGAUUUGGACGAAUAAUUGGAAUUAAAGUUGGAAUAGAGCGUGAAGAACCAUUUGGGACUCGUGAAAUACAACACUAA